GCAAUCAAACGGCAGCAGCGACAACAGUAGGUUGGAGAGGGAAGCACAACAAUGGCGAAUGAAAUGGCGGAACAACAAAAAAAACGAACAAUGGAGGCAUUAGAGCGAAGAUUUGCUCAAGCAAAAGCUGAAAUUCAUCAACAGCAGCACAAGAACAAGAGAGUAGCUGUUACUACAACAAAAACUCUAGCUGAAAACAACAUUGGAGUCACCUCUUCCCAGAGUAACAAUUCUUCGCCUUCGCCGCUCAAAUCAACUACUACUUCCUCAGCUCCGUCAUCCAAAAAAGGCUAUAUAUCUUUUUCUGGCCAUACAUCUGCUCAAGAUGUUGAACUGAAUAAUCCAGCAUACCUUCAGAUAUCCCAUUCAGUAGACGAUAAUCUUCUGAAAAUUACCACUGAGAUUUCUGGUAAAAACAUGACUGCUAACGAUAUUUUGCAUGAUCUUCUCCAACAUGGUGAUUCAGCUCAGAAAUAUAUGCAGGGGUCAAAAAAUGUGAAAGUUGAUAACUGGAUUCUUCUUGAUAGUGUUGUGCAAAAAAGCAGCAUUGCUACUGGAGCUUGUAGUCGGGCUUUGCAGAGACAGUCGAAGAGAUCUAAAAGACAUAUGUCCCUAAAACAACAUAAGAAGUUUGGAUCAUUUGAUUUGCCUCAAGAGUACCAUAACUAUGACAUCUUCAAGCGAAUGCAUGAUAGGUGGAAAGACUACAUGACAAAACUCCUAAAGAAUAUUGGGAAAAAUCAGUUAUCACAAUGUCUUCUUAAUGCAGACUUACAUGGUGCACUUAUUCUAGUUGUUCAGUGCAAAAUAGCAGGCUUAGUUGGUGUACGUGGUAUCAUGAUUCGUGAGACCAUAGAAACAUUUGGAAUAAUCACAGAAGACAACAAAUUCCAAGUUGUACCAAAAAAGCUUUCUGUAUUUAUGCUACAAGUGGAUUGCUGGAAAGUUACAUUACUUGGAGACAAACUCAUUUCAAGAAACAUGACUGCGUGAUCGAUAUUGUUAAGACAAAUAUUUAUCAUAUGGGAAAUUUCUUUGCAUUUCAGUAUCAUCUUACAGAUGAACAAUGAUCCCAAUAGCUGUAUUAUUUCUUGGAAGAUCAAUUGGCCUAGUUUCGUUCUUUUAGCCGAGGCAGA